CUAUAAGAUUGGUUUCUCUAAAGUGUUAAAAAAUUUCUGCGCGAUAUAUUGUGCAGUUUGAAUUGAAGACUGAGUCCAUGGGAAGAAAAGAGCUGUCGUCACUGAAGACAUCUCUCAGAAAUGGAAUGGAAAAACCGAAUGACGAAGAAGGAAUGCGUUGUUUGCGCACUGAGGAAGCAUGUCGUUGGACAGCAGCAGAAGUUGCAACAGUACUUAAUACAGAUAUCCACUAUGGUUUAUCUUGGCAGGAAGCGAAUCGUCGAUUGGCGCUUUAUGGACCUAAUGAAUUUGAGGUGACACCUGAGGAGCCUCUGUGGAAAAAGUAUAUAGAACAAUUCAAAAACCCUCUCAUUGUUUUGCUACUCGCAUCAGCUUUGGUUAGCAUUUGUAUGCAGCAAUUUGACGAUGCCUUUAGUAUCACAGCUGCAAUUGUUAUAGUUGUGACUGUAGCAUUUGUUCAGGAUAAUAAUAUUAAUGUACUUUUCCAUGUUCUUGCCUUAGGAUAUAGAUCAGAAAAAUCACUAGAAGAACUUAAUAAGCUAGUUCCUCCAACAUGUACAUGCCUUAGGGAUGGCCGUCAAGAAACAUUUUUAGCCAAAAAUUUGGUGCCUGGUGAUAUAGUUUAUCUUGGAAUUGGUGAUCGAGUACCUGCUGAUCUUCGGUUAUUUGAGGCAGUUGACAUUGCUAUUGAUGAAAGCAGUUUUACUGGUGAAACAGAACCGUCUAGCAAGGUUACAAAACCUUUAGAAAAAACAAAUGGAAUUACUAGUAUGCAUAAUAUUGCUUUUAUGGGAACUCUUGUAAGAUGUGGAGUUGCAAAGGGUAUAGUGAUAUCUACAGCAGAGAAUUCAGAAUUUGGUGAAGUGUUUAAAAUGAUGCAAGCAGAAGAAGCUCCCAAAACACCUCUUCAAAUAAGUAUGGAUACAUUGGGAAAACAACUGUCAUUGUACUCUUUUGCUAUUAUUGGAUUGAUUAUGCUAGUAGGCUGGUUUCAGGGAAGACCUAUAAUGGAGAUGUUCAACAUUGGUGUAAGCCUUGCAGUUGCUGCUAUUCCGGAAGGUUUACCUAUUGUGGUAACAGUUACUCUUGCCCUGGGAGUCAUGCGAAUGGCUAAAAGGCAUGCAAUUAUCAAAAAGUUACCAACAGUUGAAACUCUAGGAUGUGUUAGUGUUACCUGCUGUGAUAAAACUGGCACCUUGACCAAAAAUGAAAUGACAGUUACAUCUAUUGUGACAUCUGAAUUAUAUCAUGCAGAGGUAAACUUAUUUAAGCCCAAAAGUUUGGCUAGAGUACAGUUUGGUACAUAA